ACCCAUGAUUGGACAGUUGAGAUUGAAUUACCUGUAUCCAUCACGCUCUUUCAGAGUAUGAAAGUACUCUAUUUUACAAACACAAGGGCGGGCGGUCUUGAAAGUGAAGCUUCUCAAAAAACCAACCUUAAAGCCUCAGUAUUCUCAGACGCACAUUUCCAGUAUCUUUGCUUGGAAGUAACAUAUGAUUGAUGAUAUGAGUAUAGCAUGUGUAUAUAUACUACCCAUCUCUUCUCUCACCCUCAUCACCUCACCUCCCCUUCAUCAGCAAAAUGGCCUUUCUCUCUUGCAAGCUCUCCCUCCUUUCCUUCUCCAUCUUUCUCAUUGCCUGUGCCGCAUCCGCCAGAGAUUUCUCCAUUGUGGGCUAUUCGCAGGACGACUUGAUGUCUAACGACCGCCUCAUAGACCUCUUCGAGUCGUGGUUGUCGAAACAUGGGAAGACGUACGAGAGCAUUGAAGAGAAGCUGCAUAGGUUUGAAGUCUUCAAGGACAACCUCAAGCACAUCGACGAGACCAACAAGAAGGUGAGCAGCUAUUGGCUUGGGCUGAAUGAGUUCGCCGACAUGAGCCAUGAAGAGUUCAAGGCGAAGUACUUCGGCUUGAAGCCUGAUCUAUCCAAUAGGAGAGAUUCGUCCGAUGAAGCUUUCAGGUACAGAGAUGCAGGAAAUCUGCCCAAGUCCGUGGACUGGAGAAAGAAAGGCGCCGUUGCUAAUGUGAAGGACCAAGGCCAGUGUGGAAGCUGUUGGGCGUUCUCAACGGUUGCCGCCGUCGAAGGCAUUAACCAGAUUGUGACUGGCAACCUGACCUCCCUCUCAGAGCAAGAGCUGAUCGACUGUGACACGACUUUCAACAAUGGCUGCAAUGGCGGGCUGAUGGAUUACGCCUUCUCCUACAUAAUCUCCACUGGCGGACUCCAUACUGAAAAUGACUACCCGUAUCUCAUGGAGGAAGGCACGUGCGAGGAUAAGAAGGCACUGAAAGUUGUAACCAUUAGCGGCUAUGAAGACGUACCUCAGAACAACGAACAAAGCCUGCUGAAGGCACUUGCUCACCAGCCUGUGAGCAUUGCCAUUGAGGCUGCCGGCAGAGAUUUCCAAUUCUACAGUGGGGGGGUUUUCGAUGGGCAUUGUGGAACUGAUUUAGACCAUGGAGUGGCAGCAGUAGGAUACGGGACAUCCAAGGGCUUGGAUUACAUCAUCGUAAAGAACUCGUGGGGACCUAAAUGGGGAGAAAGAGGAUACAUAAGGAUGAAGAGAAACAUAGGAAAACCUGAAGGGAUCUGUGGAAUUUAUAAGAUGGCUUCUUAUCCCACCAAAAAGAAGUAAUGGAUGAUAGGGUUCACUCCUACAUUUCUUUCCAUGCAGUCUCACUUAAAUGUAUCUUUCCUUUGGCCUUGCUCAUCUCUUCGUCUUUGCUUUUCUUUUUCCCUUUUCUAGUGCCAAUUUAGAUGAUGUAAUCUCAUUUGAGUACGUAUUACAGAUGUAAUCUCACUCAUAUCUCUCUCUUUGAAUAAACUAGUAGACUGCAUGUUACAAUAAA